AGCAGCGCCGCCUGCCGCCGCCGGCACCGGCGCUGCCGCGGGGGGCCGGGGAAAAGGCGCCGCCAACAGCGACCCGGAAGGGGCCGGCGGCGCCGGGCCGGCCAUGAAGGCCGCGCUGGUAGGGUACAGCAGCUCGGAAGAGGAGGAGGACGGGGAGCAGCGGAGCGGCGGCGCGCAGUGUCCUGGCCCCGAGGCCAGGUGGGAGCGGAGCGGCGGGACGGGCCCGUGGCGCGGGGGGCAGCGGGAGCGAGCGGCCUUCCUCCUCCUCUUCCUUCUCCUCCUCCUCAUCCUCAUGCUUCUCCACGGUUCUUGCAGCAGCAGCGGCGGCGGCGGCGGCGGCCGCCCCCGCCUGCCCGUCCCCGCCGGGCUGCCGGGCGAUCCGGGACCGGAGGAGCUGUUCAGCGAGGACAGCUCUCGGCACGGCGGCCGCGUCCGCAGCUUCCCCCACGAGCGGGGCAGCUGGGCCACGCACGUCUACCUGCCCUACAGGGCCCGGGAGGAGUUCCUGGAGCUGCUGGAGCUGCUGGUCUCGCACGCCCGCACCCACGUCUCCUCGCUGGCUGCCAUGGAGGAGUUCCACCUCAGCCUCUCGCAGUGCGUGGUGCUGCGCUACCACUGGAUAGAGCCCUUCGUCCGCCGCCUCAAGGAGCGCCUGGCUGCCUUCCACAGGUUUUUCUGUGUGGCUGACCAAGUGAAGGUUUAUACCAAUGAAAACAAAACCAGGACCUUCCUCGGCCUGGAGGUCUCUGCUGGGCAUUUCCAGCUGCUGGAGCUGGUCUCAGAGGUGGACAGAGUCCUGGAGGAGUUUGACCUUCCUACAUUCUAUAAGGAUCCAUCGUUCCAUAUCAGCUUGGCCUGGUGUGUUGGGGACCUGUCUGGCAAGCUGGAAGGGCAGUGUCUGCAGGAGCUCCAGGGGAUCGUGGACGGCUUUGAGGAUUCGGCGCUGCUGCUGCGUCUCCCGUGGGAGGAGAUCCGCUGCAAGUCGGGGAACAAGCACUUCUCCUUCCCCUUGAGGUAGAGGCCAGGGGUGGGGGCUGUGCCUUUCAGAGCCCCCACACUCCCCACCUUCUCCCCCCUAAGCUUGUGCUGCUCAACAAAGGCCCGUGCUCCGGGAGCGCAGCAGCUCAGCGGGGCUGAGGGCCAUCCCGCCCCUCCCCGGCUCCUCUGGCUGGCUCAGCACCACCUCUGGGGCUGGGGGAAGGUCUCGUGGCCUCCAGUGGGGCUGCUUCCAAGCUGGGAGCUGCUGGCUGGCUGGGAGGAAUUGGUGUUUGGAGUAGUUUCCAUCCUGGCUGCAGCCAGCUGCUUCCAACCAACCCACGGACACCGAUUUGUUGGGGGUUUGUUUUUUCUGCUGAGCUGGGGG